UUUUACAUUGGUACAUUAAUUCUUACAAUAAUAAUAUAUAAUAAUACUCACAAAACUGCAUAAAGCUGCUUCUUUUCUUCCUCCUCUGCCUUCUUCUUCUUCCUCUCUCUCUCUCUCUCUCUCUCUCUCAGCAAUUUCUUUUUCAGUUUUUCUUACUUGUCUUUGCCUUGUCACUAGUGCUGGUUCUUGUGUCCUUUACUCUCUGACCCUUUUUUCCAGCUUUGACCUGAGAAGAUGCUUGUGGCAUUGCUCUUGCUUCUGGCAUUGAGCAAUGCCUUGAUAGUUUAUGGAGAUGUUGAGCAGUGUGGUUUGAAUCCAAAAUUGGAUCCUAGACCACACAGUGUCUCAAUUUUGGAGUUUGGUGCAGUUGGAGAUGGUAAAACAUUGAAUACAAUUGCAUUCCAAAAUGCAAUUUUCUAUCUCAAGUCAUUUGCUGAUAAAGGUGGUGCUCAGCUCUAUUUGCCACCAGGACAAUGGCUCACUGGUAGUUUCAAUCUUACCAGCCAUCUUACCCUCUUUUUGGAAAAAGGUGCUGUCAUUAUUGGAUCUCAGGAUCCAUCUCACUGGGAUGUUAUUGAACCUUUACCGUCUUACGGCCGAGGGAAAGACGUUCCUGAAGGAAGACAUAAGAGCUUGAUAAAUGGUUACAAGUUGGAAGAUGUGGUCAUAACAGGCAAUAAUGGAACCAUUGAUGGCAUGGGAAUGAUUUGGUGGGAUUUGUAUAACUCUCAUUCCCUUAACCAUAGUCGUCCUCAUUUGGUUGAAAUUAUAUCAUCUAAUUUUGUGGUUGUUUCAAAUCUUACAUUCUUGAAUGCUCCAGCAUAUAGCAUCCACCCAGUUUAUUGCAGCAAUGUACAUAUUCAAAACAUUUCAAUCUCUACUCCUCCCGAUUCCCCUUAUACUGUUGGUAUAGUACCAGAUUCUUCUGAUAAUGUUUGUAUAGAAGAUUGUAUUGUUUCAAUGGGAUUUGAUGCAAUAUCUCUAAAAAGUGGUUGGGAUGAGUAUGGACUUACCUAUGGAAGACCAACUGAGAAAGUACACAUCAGAAGGGUUCAUCUCCAUGCAUUUUCCGGCUCAGCUCUUUCGUUCGGUAGCGAAAUGUCUGGUGGCAUUUCAAAUGUUCUUGUGGAACAUGUUAAAAUUUUCAACUCAAAUAGUGGAAUUGAAUUCAGAACCACCAAAGGAAGAGGUGGUUAUAUAAAAGAAAUUGCCAUAUCAAACAUUGAAAUGGAGAAUGUGUAUACAGCAAUUGGUGCUAAAGGUGAUUGUGGCUCUCAUCCUGAUGACAAAUUUGAUCCAAAAGCUUUUCCACUUUUGAAUCACAUUACUUUGAAGGAUAUUAUUGGCAAAAAUAUCACAAUUGCUGGAAGUUUUGAAGGGAUAAAAGAAUCUCCUUUCACAAACAUUUGCCUUUCAAAUGUAACAUUGUCUACAAAUAAUGUUUCUCCAAUUACAUGGGAAUGUUCAAAUGUGUCAGGAUUCUCAGACUCAGUGUUACCUGAACCUUGUCAAGAACUUCAUAACGCCUCAUAUUCUUCAUCUUCAUCAUCAUCAUGUUUCUACUUGAUGAGUCUCGGUCGAAAAACUGCAGGGUUUUAAUAAAUCAUUCUCAACACAAGAUGAAGAAUAGGCCACAUUCUUUCCAAAAUAAAACAGUUGCUCAAUUUUUUUUGUUCCUUCCAUUCCUUAGAUUUCCAUUCUUGCAUAUUCCAAAAUAGGUCAUUAUUUGUACAGCUUCAUUUCUUCAUUCAUGUGUAAGGAAAUUUUGGUAAAGGACUGAAAAUGUGAUAGUUUUUUUUUUUUUUUUUUGCAUUAGUUUCAUUGUGAUUUUUAUUUCACUGUAAAGCAUUUAGUGGAUUUGGUGAUACUUUUAAUUCAAGAAAGUUCAACUUUAAGUAAUAAGUAUCCAA